CAAUCGUCAUUCGUCAGUAGUCGAAAUCUGCAGAGACCUUUCACGUCGAAGGAAACCCUAACGAUGGAUCUCCUGAAGCAGGAACUCCUCAAGAAGCGCCAAUCCCUUGCCGAGGACACCGGCGGCAAGCGCUUCUUCAAGCGCUCCGAGAUCGAGCAGAAGCAGAUCCAAAGGCUCCGGGAGCAGGAGAAGCGCGAGCUCGAGGCCAAAUCCCGGAGCCAAGCCCCCUCCUCCUCCUCCGCCGACUCGAAACCGGUCUCCUCCUCCUCCGGCGCGGCCAAGACAUCGACCGCAGCCGCCGCCGCCGCCUCGUCUUCCUCCGCCGCCGGCUCCAAAUCCCUCACCAACGAGCAGAACAUCGACAACCUCGUCCUCCCCAGGCAGGAAGUGAUCCGCCGCCUCAGAUUACUCAAGCAGCCGAUAACGCUCUUUGGGGAGGAUGACGACGCGAGGCUCGACCGCCUCAAGUAUGUCCUCAAAGCAGGGCUCUUCGAAGUCGACAGCGACAUGACAGAGGGCCAGACGAAUGAUUUCCUACGGGACAUAGCGGAGCUGAGGAAGCGGCAGAAGGCCGGGAUGUUUGGCGGGGACCGGAAGCGCAAGGACAGGGAAGAUGUUGAGGACCCCGAGGGCGGGGGUGGCAGAGGGGACGAGGAGCUCAGCGGGGAUGGAGGCUCGAGCGGGGUCGAUGCCGAUAAGGAUUUGAAGAGGAUGAAGGCGAACUUUGAGGAGCUGUGCGGGGAGGACAAGAUUUUGGUAUUCUUCAAGAAGUUGCUGAACGAGUGGAACCAGGAGCUCCGCGAAAUGCCUGAGGCGGAGAAGCGGACCGCCAAGGGGAAGUCGAUGGUGGCCACCUUCAAGCAGUGCGCCAGAUAUCUGCAUCCACUCUUCAAGUUCUGCAGGAAGAAGGUUCUUCCUGAUGAUAUCCGCCAAGCUCUCCUAUUGUUUGUUGAGUGCUGCAUGAAGCGGGACUAUCUGGCAGCCAUGGACCACUACAUUAAACUCGCCAUCGGUAAUGCCCCCUGGCCCAUUGGAGUCACUAUGGUUGGUAUCCACGAGCGGUCAGCCCGUGAGAAGAUCUAUACCAACAGUGUGGCCCACAUCAUGAACGAUGAGACGACCCGCAAGUACCUACAAUCUGUCAAGAGGCUGAUGACCUUCUGCCAGCGGCGAUAUCCCACCGCCCCCUCCAAGGCUGUUGAGUUCAACAGCUUGGCCAAUGGGAGCGAUUUGCAGUCACUUCUCUCUGAAGAGGGUCAACACCAGGCUUCGGAGGAGAGGCUUCGGCUAAUGCCCGCUCCAUAGUUAGGAUAGAUGGUAUAAAUGCCUGGGAUGAUUCCAAGGUGUGUGCUGUUCCUUUCAUUAUCUGAUGAUUGAUGGUGCUUUUCGCAUGCAAAUUCUGUUUUAGAGUUGAUGAUCCUUGGAUACUGUAUGAUUAGCCGUCAAAAUUCUCAUGAUCUUCUUGUAAAUUCUCUUACUCCAGCUCUCCUUUUUCCCGGUAAUUCAUCGCGAUCAAGUUCCCGAAUCUCAUUCAUA